AUGACUGGUUCCACUGCGUCUAUCCGAAAUGAUAUAGAUGAAUUGGAGAAACGACUAGUGAAAAUGGAUUUUAAAUUAGAAACAGCAAAAAACGCAAGAGAUGAAUAUGUGAGUUUCCUACGACAGAAAUAUCCUAGCUGGAAACCACCCGAAAUGCAAAUACAUAAGCAGCAAUUAACAUCAAAUCGAUUCCAACGAUCAAUCUUAGACAGCUUGGCAACGAAUAAAUAUCAUUGGGAUCUUAAUAAACAGUUUAUUGCACCAUGUAAGAAACUAGAACUGAAUAAUUUUGAACCAAAUGAUCCAAUACCAACAUGUGGACCAGCUCUGGAACCCGAUUUAAUUAUGAUCAAAAAAAGAUUAAAGAAGAUAGCAGAAGAUUUGGAAAACUUACGUGAGCACCGACUAUAUUUAUCUACCGCUGAUUACUAUCUUUCACUGGGACCUGAAUUUUGUUCCUCGAAAAGUCAAUCAAUACCUUGGAAACGAGCAGAUAAGUCAAAUGUCGAUCAACUGAAAAGUUUAUAUGAUUUGCGCAAGCAAAUCAAUCAGAUUGAUCCAUGCAUUUUAUUGGAUACUCCGCUACCAAAUGCUGAAGAUUUUGAAAAUAUGCGAAUGGAAUAUUUGAAAAAAAAUACUAAUAGCACAGAAGGAAGAAGUGAUGAUCAGGUUAAAGGAAACUUUGAACAGUCUCUUACUGAUAAGAUGAAAAAUUCAAACAUACCGACAGGGCAUCAGAAAGAAUUAAGUCAUCUUCAAGAAGUGCAACGAACUGAAGCAAACUCAACCUUGAGAGAAACAUUUGAUCUCUCCCAAAUGCUGAAUGGGCAAGAAGGCGAUCAAAAAUCGUCAAGCCAGGAAGUGAUGGCUGCAAAAUCGAGACCUGUGGCGACAGAAAGCACAUGGCAGCCUUCGCAUCUACCAAACACUACAGAUGAUGGAUUUAAUUUCCUAGCUAAAAUCUUAGGAAGUUCAGCAAAUAGUGCUGCUGAUGACAAACCGACAUUUAUGAACAGAUUUAAUGAUGGAAUGUUGCAAACGGUUGAUCUAAAUGUCGAUGAUUCCGACUCUGAUUUCUUCGCUUGA